UGGACUAGUGUGCUCCACUCUUACGUUCUAUUCAUGCGUGAACGCGGCGCAGCCACAUCCUCUUAAUCUGUUCCACCGUCACUACCGCCGCUACCGACUCGCUAACAUACAGGACAUUUUCGAGUUUGCGCUCACCAUGUCUGGUACUAUUGUUCUCACCGGCGCUAAUGGCUCCGCAGCUCUCUGGACAGUUCGCUACUUGUUGCAGCAUCAUCCAGACAAACACCUCAUACUCACUGUUCGAGACACUUCCGAUGCAGAUGCGAAUACCAAUUUACUCCGCGAGGCACUCGCAGAAUAUCCAGACGCAAGUUCCUCCGUCCGCCCACUUGAUCUCUCAAACCUUACUGCCGUCCACGAGUUUGCGGAGAGGCUUGUCGAUGAGGUCUCCGGAGGAAAAGUACCGAAGCUAGAGAGCAUAAUUUCCAACGCCUUUUAUUGGAAUCUGGCAUCGGCUAUGCAGAUGACAGGCGAUGGCUAUGAGAAGACAUUUCAGGUCAACCACAUCGCCCACUCUGUUCUCGUUCUCCGCUUGCUCGGUAGCUUUGCUAAAGACGGUGGUCGUAUCGUUCUUUUUACUAGUGACACUCAUUGGCCUGGGAAAAGUGCUCUUGAAAAGAUAAAGCCAAGGAUACCUGCCAACUUGGACGAAUUAGCCAAGCCUCCCGCAGAUGAGCCAGAAGAUCACAUGGCCCACGGACAAAAUCGCUACGCUCUCUCGAAACUGGCUAUUCUGAUGUGGAUGUACGCGCUAAAUAGACACCUCCAAAAGAACACUCGAUUCUCAAACAUUACUGCUGUGGCUAUCAACCCUGGCAACUUGAGUGACUCUCGAGCACUGCGCGUGAAUACGCCUGCAAUGAUUCAGAUGAUGUCAAAGUACAUUAUUCGGCCGCUGCGUCCACUGCUUCGUUUUAUGGACCCCACCAUGCGCACCUCGAGCGAGGCCGGCACUGAUGUCGCCAAACUAGCGGUCAACGAGGCAUCUCCAGGCUAUCGUGGAUUUCUUACUCUACUGAAGGAAGACACUAGUUCUCCUGACAGCUUGAACGAGACGGUGCAGGAAGAAAUUUGGGCAAAGACAUUGGAGUGGACAGGCAUUUCGGCAGCAACUGCUGGUAUUUCUACCUGAAACGGAAGAUUGUUUGGAGGGAGAUUAGCCUCCUCCCCUGAUGUUGGUUAGGGGAAAACAAAUUCAGCUGCAAAUGAUGCGUAUAGAAGAUUCACGGGAUUGAUGUUUAGGUAGUGAGCGAAAUUGACGUACUU